GACAAAUACAGUACAAAUUUUUUCCUUAUUAUUCAGCUAUUUCUCGACAGUCCACUCUAAUAGUUUCUUCUGUUGGUCCAAUCAAUGGUAUUGAUUGACUGAACUUGCGAAUGAACCAAAAUGAACAGAGAAAGUGAGUUGGCGAGGCAGUUGCAAGAAUGGACGACAAAAGAAAUGCACUUUAACUUACAGUCAUCUCAUUCAGCAGCUUUAGAUCCUGAGAAGUUAAAAGUGCUGUGUAAAGGGCCAGGAGCUGCAAUCUGGCAAUGGGUGACACAACAUGUCAAGUCCACAGAAACAGUGAAGACAGUAAACGGCAAUCUGGCAUUUAAAAGCAAGACGUCUGUUCCAAGUUACAAAGUGAACUAUGAUGUGGGUGGGAAACAGUUCGAAGACUCUAAACAAGCCUUACUGGAGCAAAGAGCCGCUCUCACAGGGGAGAUAACUACAACAUUGAGAGAUGUCGGCCAUUUUGAGCACGAGGUGGAAAGAAUCACAGCAGAGGUUGCUGAGACAGAGCGAAAGUACCAGCAGGUUAAAGAAGCCAUCAACAACUCCCGCCGGAAGGCCGCCCUCCUGACUGCUUUCUGUGUGAAAUCAGCUGACAACGCAGCACAGUAUAAGGAAUACGUGCGAUGUCUCCAAACCAGGACAGCUACCAUCAAAGCCAGAGCACAGAAAGGCUUGGAGACAGAAGAGUAUUAUAGUCGAGAGGCAGCAGGUGGAGAUAGUGAUGAUGAGGAGGAAACAGAAGAAAAGACACCUGCACUGGAGAUUGCUUCUGCGAAACAUGUACGAGAGAGCUGUUCAGAGAUUGGCACAUUUCUACAAGACACAUUGAAUGGAGCGUUCACUAAUGAUAAAGCCUUGUUCUCAAAGCAAAAGGAGCCACUCUGGCAGAAGGUUGAGCAAGUGUGUGGCACAUUCUCCGCUGACCAGAUACUGACCGGUCUACUAACCCAUACAGUGGACACUACAGCUGCCCUCCGCUCACUGACCAGUAAAGUGGACAUCAGGAGGGACGCCCAGAAACUCAGAUUCAAGUAUGAUGGUGGAGAAGUGAGGGAUCUGUCCAGACAGCCAUCCUUGUACAAAAGUGUACAUCAAUUAUUACAGGAGAGGAACAAGGAACACUUCCUCAGUUUCGUCCAGUGUCAGAAGUCUGUCAACGAUGCUCGGAAUUUAGAGCAGUCUGUUUCCAUGGUGAAGUCACGCAUUGAGAAGAAACUCCACAAGCUUUUCUCACAGAAGUCUACAGACCUGAAACUGGCCAGGACCCUAGUAGACGUAGAAGUUGAAGUUGAUGGCCAGAGAGCUGCUUUGCACAGCCUCACACGGGAGACGGAGGCCCUGAAAGUGGUCGUAGAAAAAAGUGUCCAGCAGAGACAAGAAAUGUUUGCCAAACACCACCGCAUACAGGAGUUCCAGGAUAUAACGGAUCAGAAGCAGGGUGUUAUCCAAGUUCUUGUCAAACAGAACAUGAAUGCCCAGUCACGACUAGAAGAACAGCUGGCAGAGAUAUCCGACUACAUCGGCCGGUCGUUUGUCUCCCAGCCCUCUCAUCUCACUGGGCUCACAGGGAAACUUGCAGGAACUGUCUCACAGGAGGUGGAUGGCUUUGCUAACCUUGUACUGCCGUAUUUGAUGUUCUCACAGAUUGAUAGUGCCCUGAAGACAGCUGUUAUGGACCUGUCUAUACACCAGACUUCUCCUGUCCAUAUCAGACCAGCUCUGUCCACUGUGCUAGAUUGCCUCAACUUCAAAAUGUUCCAGGCUCCAGAGUGUAUCCUAUCCCAGUGUGUACAACUACGGGAAGAUAUAGGGGAUAUUCUUCACAGACUUGAUAGGGAAGCCAGUAUAGCAUCUAGAAGAACAGAAGAUGAUGUGGUCGUCAAUAUCACAGAGUUAUGUGAUCGUGCACGUGAGAGUGACAGUCAACAGCUCCGACAGACGUUACCACGGUUACAGGAGAAGAUUUCCCGCACCAACCAGGCCCUAGACAACUGUACACAUUCCAAGCAGGCAGCAGACGACUGGUGGGUGGAACCCGGCCAGAAGUGUGUACCCUGGGUGACUGUAGAUGACCACACCUUACAGCAGUACAUGGACAGAUGGACAGUCCUAGUGACCAGCCUUAGACAACAGCUUCUACACAACCAGUGAGGGAGAACAACUGCAAUCUCUGAUUGCCUAUAGGCAGUUUUCAUAUACAAUUUACCUGCAAAUGUUCCGACACAAAGGAAGGCAGGUGCGCUAUGGAACCAGUUGGCACAAACUAAGAAAAAUAAAUUGUUUACCUCCUUAAGCUUCUUUAGAUUUUGGUGGAUAGAUGUAGAAUUGGCAUUGUUCGUCUGUCCGUUCUUCUUUCCAUUCGUGCAGAGCUAUCACUAGGAAACUAAUUGACAGAAAUUUAUGUCAAGUGUCCAUUACCUUAGUGCAAUUGUACACCCGCAAGUUUCUGUAUCGGGUCAAUAACACAGGAGUUAUUGCCCUUUAAUAAUUGAAAUAGCUUAAAUGUUUCUGCCUGGAGCCAUUUUGUUGUAACAUAUUAACAGAAAUUAAAGAAACUUACACGAAAUGUGUAUAACUAUAUUGUGGUGGUGCAAGUGCAAGUCUCACUUAGAUCAGGUCAGUAACAUAAGAGUAAUUGCCCUUGAAUUAAUGAAAAAAAAAAGUUUGUCUGGAGCCUGAUAAACAGAAGUUAAUAAAACUUACAUAACAUGUAUAAAACUAUAGUGUUGUGGUACACACACAAGUUUCAUCUAGAACGGGUCAAAAGAGUAUUGUUUUUUAAUUAAAAGAAGCAUAAACUUGUUGACUCAGGGCCAAACUAAUAGACAGAAUUAAUGAAACUUACAUAAAUUGUGUAUAACUCUAGUAUGGUGUUGCACGCUCAUGUUUCUUCAGAAACACCAGAGUAAUUGCUCUUUUAUCAAUGAAAAAUAUUAGAUUUUUCACUCCGCCAUUUCUAUGUAACUAAUGGACAGAAGUUCAUGAAACUUACAUGAUCUGUGAACAACCAAAGCGCAGUGAUGCACACUUAAGUUUCGUCUGGAUUAGAUCAGUAAUAUAAGAGUAAUCGGCUCUUAAUUAGUGAAAAACUAAUAACUUCUUGGCCUUUUAGCUAUUAAAGAUCAAAGUAUAGUAUCUGUUCUAAUCAGUCAACAGUAGUAUGUAACUAUUAGACAUAAUUUAAUGAAACUUACAUGGAGUGUGUUAAACUAUUCUGCUCUGGCGCAUGUGCACAUUUUGUAUACCCUAGUUCAGUAAGACUAGAGAAAUUGACCUUUGAUUAUUAAAAAAAUAUUUAAUUUGCCAGUCUAAGAUCUUGUUUUGUAGCUUAUUACUUUUUCAUGUACAUAACUCUUGAUGAGUUUUGUUUACACUGGAGUCGUGUAUGGCUUAUAGAUACAUGUAUAUUAAAGGUUUUCAGUAUUUAUUUUACAAAAAAAAUAAAAUUAUUUAUGUUU